GACGAAAAUAAGUGGCUGAACCGUAAAUAUGUGGUCCUUCUUUUCGAGAGAUCCCGCCAAAGAUUUUUCAUACGAGAUCGGCGAGCCAGUUCCUGGUCUGGACGAAAAAAGCAUUUGGACGUUGCACAGGGCCAAGAAAAAGGGUUCUGCAGGCGGUGAAGAUGUCUCGGUGUUUGUGUUUGAGUGCAAGACUGGCAAUGAACAUCUUUUGAAUAUAGCUCGUUCGGCAGUGAAGAGAUUAAAAACACUCAGACAUCCGAGUAUACUUGCAUAUCUUGAUAGUUUCGAGACAAAUAAAGUAAUUUAUUUAGCAACCGAACGCGUAGAAACUUUGUACAGUCGAUUGACAAGGAAAUCUGAUAACGAUGAUGAAUCUAAGAAGGAAUUAUAUUUUUCUUGGGGAAUAUUCCAGAUCACUAGAGCGUUGAAUUUUCUAAAUAAUGAUGGUAACCUACGGCAUAACAAUGUUAAUUUGUGGACUGUGUUUGUUAAUGAGGAAAGUGGAGAAUGGAAACUUGGUGGUGUCGAAUACAUGACAGCGGUAGACGCUGUUUAUAAUACAUUGCCAUCAACAUUUGAAGUAUAUUAUCCUCUCGAUAUUAAGGAAAAUGUAAUGCCAGCCACCAAAUGCUCAGUUGACAUGUGGGGACUUGGAUGCCUGGUCUGGGAAACAUAUAAUGGUCCAUUAACUUCAAAUUCGCAGCUUAAAAUUACCGAUAAGAUUCCAAAACAAUUGCAAGUGAUAUAUCGUGAAUUGACCAGUAGCAACGCAGAAGGAAGACCAAAUCCUGCCGACGUAAUAGCACGUUGCCGCAGUAAUGGAGGAUUUUUUAAAACCGAAUUAGUAGACGCACUUUUAUUCUUAGAGGAAAUCCAAAUGAAAGAAAGAGGAGAAAAAGGACGAUUUUUUGCGCAACUUGCUGGCCAGUUAGAAUCGUUCCCAGAUGGUGUUGGCAGGUAUAAGAUUUUACCGCAAUUACUGGCUGCUUUCGAAUUUGGCGACGCCGGUAGUGCAGUAUUACCUCCUUUAUUACAACUUGGCUGCCAACUCCCUGAUGCCGAAUAUCAACGGAGAGUUGUACCAUGCGUUGUGAAAUUGUUUGCAUCCAACGAUAGAGCAACAAGAUUAAGAUUGUUGCAACAGCUGGACCGAUUUGUUGAUCAUUUGCAACCAGCAACAGUUAAUGAAGCUAUCUUUCCACAGGUAGCCAAAGGUUUUUUAGAUACAAACGCUGCAAUUAGGGAGCAAACGAUAAAAUCUGUCGUACACUUAGCACCAAAAUUAGAUUACAACAAUCUUAAUGUGGAAACAUUGAGGUACUUUGCUAAACUUCAGUCAAAAGAUGAACACGGUGGCAUACGUACUAAUACCACAGUUUGUUUAGGAAAGAUUGCUCAACAUCUUCAUCCUCAGAUUAGACAGAAAGUAUUAAUUGGAGCAUUUAUUCGAGGUACACGAGAUCCAUUUCCACCGGCUAGAGCAGCGAGUAUUUUAGCAUUAGCUGCAACGCAACAAUACUUUCUACUACAGGAAGUUGCAAAUCGUAUUUUACCAGCUCUGUGCCCGCUCACUACAGACAUGGACAAAGGAGUAAGAGAUAACGCGUUCCGAACUAUUCGCGGAUUUUUAUCGAAACUCGAAAGAGUAUCAGAAGAUCCUGGAUUGCGCGAAUCUAUGGAGGCUGACGUAAAUACAGCUACACCAAGUCUUAGCAAUGCAGCCGCAACAUGGGCUGGUUGGGCUGUGACGGCUGUUACUGCUAAAUUUUAUCGCAGCCAGUCAGAUACACCAAAAUCAUCAAAUUCACAUAAUGUAUCUAGAAUUUUAUUAAACAAACCUGCCUCUUUAGAGCAAGCUAGCAGUUCACAAAGCAGUGCUAGUACAACUGCCACAACAAGUAGCGCUACAAGUAUGACCUCGUUAGACCAUGAUCAUGAACAUGAUUUACAAAAUGCUACAAACGCAAAUUCAGAUUGUGAUUGGGAUUGGGAUGCUGACAAUUGGGGUGAUAUGGAACAGCAAUCUUCUAAUACGCCAGGGCAUGGACCAAGUAAUAUUUCACCUUCUCCUCAUUCUCCUAAACCUAAUGAUCAGUGGACGAGUCUUGAAGAGGAACCAGAGGAAGAAGCAGCACAAAAUGUCGAAGAUAAAAAUGAAUCUUCUGACGUGGGUUGGGAGGAUUCAGAAUUUCAACCUCUAGAAGAUUUUCAACCUUUGGAACAUACACAGCCAGAAAACGUUGAAAGUACUAAUACAAUUACUGGAAAUAAUAAAUUGGAAGAAGCCAGGAGAAAACGUGAAGAGCGUAAACUAGCCAGGCAAAGACAAAUGGAAGCAAAAAGAGCGAUAAAAUUACGAAACAACGUCGCUGUUAAAAAACUCUAAUGAUUUAACGACUGCAUUCAUGUAUUUAACAAAAGGAAGAAAUUAAAAAAAUGAUGAAUGUGAAAUAA